GCUCCUACUGGGGUAGGUCAGGAUAUUUCUCCCAAGUGUUGGGGGAUUAUCUAUUGGUUUGACUGACAGGUCUCAGAGGGAAACUGGCCCCACCCUCUACCCUCGGGGCUUGCCAACAGGAAUUUCACUUGCCAGAUCUGCGGCCAAAAUAAGACCCUGAGAACAGGCUGGUGGCAGACUGGUGUGGGAUCUUUCAGCCUUCUAGAACCUUCUUGUCUGCCGAGCAGUGUAUGAGAACCGGCAGAAAUAGCAAGCCCUAAGGGAAGAACCGGAGGUCGCCACAGUGGCUCCACACCAGCGGACCGAGGCCACAGAGAAAGCAGUGUCAUAGGAAUGGAGCCAUCAGCAUCAACCCUUUGUCCUCUGGAGCCCACACAACACACCAGAAAUGAAUCCCUAAAUGAAACCACCUUGUCUUCAGAUCUUAUAGAUGACUACAGUUAUGUCUUCACCUUCCUGGCCAUUUGUUUGCUGGGACUGGGUGGGAACGGACUUCUGAUAUGGUUCCUGAUCUUCUGUAUCAGGAAGAAUCCAUUCACCAUCUACGUCCUGCAUCUCGCCAUUGCCGACUUCAUGGUCCUCCUCUGUUCGUGCAUCAUUGAACUGGUGAACACCUUCCACAUCCGUGAUUUCAUCUUACUGGUCUGCGCCGUCGUCUUCAUGGUCUUUGGCUACAACACGGGCCUGCACCUCCUCACAGCCAUCAGCGUGGAGCGAUGCCUCUCGGUGCUUUACCCAAUCUGGUACCAGUGCCAACGCCCAAAACACCAGUCCGCUGUGGUCUGUGUGCUGCUGUGGGCCCUCUCUGUUCUUGUGUCUUUUUUGGAAAACUUCUUCUGCAUUCUGAGUUGGCAGUCCCAGACCCCAGAAUGCCGACACGUGUACAUAUUUUCCUGUACCUUGACUUUCUUGGUCUUUGUCCCUCUCAUGGUCUUCUCCAAUUUGGUCCUCUUCAUCCAAGCCUGCUGUAGCCUGAAGACACGCCAACCAGUCAAGCUCUAUGUGGUCAUCAUGGCCACGGUCAUUCUGUUUCUUGUCUUCGCCAUGCCCAUGAAGGUGCUGUUCAUUGUGGCCUUCUGCUUCAGCCCGAGCGAUGGGUCUGUAUGGCAGUCCCUCCCCUACCUAAACAUGCUAUCCAUUAUUAACUGCAGCGUCAACCCAAUCAUCUACUUCGUGGUGGGCAGCCUGAGGAAGAAGAAGAGUAAGAAUUCCAUAAAAGAAGCACUGCAAAAAGUCUUUGAGGAAAAGGCAGUGGUGGGCUCGAGGGAGAACGUCGCCCACUCCUCUCAGCCUUCCUAACCUUCUUCUAGGA